GCAAAUUCCAUACGGUCCUUCCUCUAAUUGUCGAUCCACCAUUCAAUCCAGAAAGAGCCUGAUAUAAUUUAUUAUCGUGUGAAUAUUUAUUCACAUUUAUAUUUUCCGUUUUUGUUUUUGCAUUUAACAGAGCCAUGGCCAGGUUCUUGAAGGUUUCCAUGGUUCUGUGCGUUUUCUGGUCGUUGGCCGCCAUGGCAGAGCUUCAGACAUUUUCUCACCCCACAAAGGGUGAUGGGAGUCUGAGUUUCUUGGUAGUUGGUGAUUGGGGAAGAAAGGGUGAUUAUAAUCAGUCCAGAGUUGCCUCUCAGAUGGGGAGAAUUGGAGAGAAAUUGGACGUUGAUUUUGUUGUAUCAACGGGUGAUAACUUUUAUGACAAUGGGUUGACAGGAAAACAUGAUCAGGCUUUUGCAGAAUCUUUCACCAAUAUUUAUACUGCAAAAAGCUUGCAGAAACAAUGGUAUUCUGUAUUAGGAAACCAUGAUUACAGGGGAGAUGCAGAGGCUCAAUUGAGCCCUUACCUCAAGAAAAUUGAUAGCAGAUGGCUGUGUUUAAGGUCAUUUAUUGUCAAUGCAGAAAUUGCUGAGAUAUUUUUUGUGGAUACAACUCCAUUUGUGGAAGAAUACUUUUCCUCCCCAGAGGAGCAUACAUAUGACUGGCGUGGUGUAAACCCCAGGCAGACUUACCUCACCAAUUUACUAAAAGAUGUUGAAUCGGCACUGAUGAAAUCCACUGCGACAUGGAAGAUAGUUAUCGGUCAUCAUGCGAUAAGGAGUGUUGGGCAUCACGGUGAUACCAAUGAGCUUAUCGAUCGCCUUCUUCCCCUUCUUCGGACUUAUAAUGUUGAUCUAUAUAUGAAUGGCCACGACCAUUGUCUCGAGCACAUCGCUGAUGAUGAAAGCCCGAUCCAAUUCAUGACCAGCGGGGCGGGAUCGAAGGCCUGGAGGGGAGAUGUAAAAGGAAUGAACAAGGCAGGCUUGGCAUUCUUCUAUGAUGGACAAGGGUUCAUGUCUGUGCAAUUGAUGAAGAGUGAUUUAGAGAUUGUGUUCUAUGAUGUUUUUGGUCAGGCUCUACAUAGAUGGUCUAUGUCCAAACAAUUGCUGCACAACUCUAUAUAGCUUUAAUUAUCUAGGCCAUUAUAUUUUGUAGACUUUGUCUUUUUCUUUCAUUGUGCUGUUUUCUUUACUUAUUUAGAAUAGAUAGAUUGGGUGAGUAUUUGUCAGUGUCUAGACAUUUACAGUUUUUGUACAUAUCAUUGAGCCAAUUAAGAAGCUGAGGUAGCUGGCAUAGGCAGCUGCUAGAUUAAUGUAAUACGGAGUGUAUAAUUAAGUUUCUUUUGUGUAGAUUUUUCCAUCAAUAGCCUCUUCAAUGAAGUCAUCUUUAGUAUGGGUAUGUUUGUCAAACGGCUUAUCAAUCAACUUUUAGCUUGUUUG